GACAUUUGGUAUCACAGAGACAGAUACUUCCACUGGGAGGACAGAUGGGUUACUUCUUGUACUUCUCCACUGAGACGUGGACUCUGCUGGUUGCCUUUGUCACACUCCUCCUUGUGUAUGCCUACUGGCCUUAUGGAACUUUCAAGAAAUUAGGUGUUUCUGGUCCUAAACCUGUCCCAUUUUUUGGGACAAUGCUGCAUUAUCGAAGGGGGUUCUUCAAUUUCGAUCAAGAGUGCUAUAGGAAAUACGGGAAAACAUGGGGUAUUUACGAUGGCCGCCAGCCCGUGUUGUGUGUCGCAGAUCCUGAAAUCAUAAAGGCCAUUCUGGUUAAGGAAUGCUACUCUUUCUUCACCAAUCGCAGAAAUUUCCGUCUGAAUGGGCCCCUGUAUGAUGCUGUAUCCAUUGCUGAAGAUGACCAAUGGAAAAGGAUCCGCAGUGUCCUAUCUCCUGCCUUCACCUCUGGAAAACUGAAGGAGAUGUUUGAAAUCAUGAAGAGUCAUUCUGCUAACCUGAUCCGCAGCAUGAAGAAAAAGGCAGACAAGGGAGAAGCAUUAGAACUGAAGGAAUUCUUUGGAUCAUAUAGCAUGGACGUCGUAACCAGUACAGCCUUCAGUGUAGACAUUGAUUCACUGAACAACCCUUCAGACCCAUUUGUGACAAACAUCAAGAAGAUGCUGAAGUUUGACUUUUUAAACCCCCUCUUCCUCGCUGUUGCUUUCUUCCCCUUCCUCGGUCCCAUACUUGAAAAGUUAGAACUUUCUUUUUUCCCCAAAUCUGUGACCGACUUCUUUUAUACUUCUCUGGAGAAGAUUAAAUCCAACCGUGAGGCCAACCAGCAGAAGAGUCGAGUAGAUUUUCUCCAACUAAUGAUUGAUUCCCAAAAGAACAAUGGGUUGCAAAAGGACAAAAGAUUAAGUGACCAUGAGAUCCUUUCCCAAUCCAUGAUUUUCAUUUUUGCUGGUUAUGAAACAAGCAGCAGUUCUCUCUCUUUCUUGGCUUACAAUCUGGCUACCAACCCAGAGGUCAUGAGAAAGCUCCAAGAGGAGAUUGAUUCCACCUUCCCCAUCAAGGCUCCUGUUCAGUAUCAGCCUCUGAUGGAGAUGGACUACUUGGACAGCGUCAUCAAUGAGUCUCUCCGGUUGUUCCCCAUUGCCGCACGUUUGGAGCGUGUGGCCAAAGCAUCUGUGGAGAUAAAUGGCCUUGUGAUUCCAAAAGACAUGGUUGUCCUGGUGCCCACAUGGCCUCUUCACCGGGACCCUGAGAUAUGGCCAGAACCAGAGAAAUUCAAACCUGAGAGAUUCAGCAAGAAAAAGGAGGACAUCGAUCCAUACACAUACAUGCCUUUUGGGUUAGGGCCAAGGAACUGUAUUGGGAUGAGGUUUGCUCUCGUGAUGAUGAAACUGGCAGUGGUGGAGAUCCUGCAGCAGUACAGCUUCUCUGUGUGUAAAGAGACUGAGAUCCCAUUUGAGAUGGAUGUCCAGGGUUUGCUAGCACCCAAAAGACCCAUCCAUCUGAAGCUGAUCCCUCGCUCCUAAUCUUCCAGCUGAAGAAAUAUUUUUAAUUCAAAUUGUUAAGUUUAUUUUCUAAAGUUUAUAUUCUUUUCCCAUGAAUAAAUUUGUUGCAUAAUAACAAUACAUCUUAUAUAAUACUUCUUGGAGUACGCAAAGAAGAUUAAAUUUAUGAGCUUUAGUGUCUGUUCCUGUUUUCCUAUCUGUAAUGAUGUAUAUUUUUGAGUGGAGUCAAAUGUUCCAGGCAUGAAAAAUUGAGUUGAUUUUUAGUGUUUUUUCAGUGAAGCCUAUGGUGUUUAAGUCCCCUUUUUCUUUAUAUGGUGAACUGGGAGAUGAAAUAUUUUUAAACUGUGUUGCAAAUAACACUUGUGUAAUUUAGACUGAUCACAGUAAAAUACCACUGCAUUUUGCUGUUUUAUCAUACAGCAAAAUGCCUUAGAUGUUGCAAUUGGCAAACUGACUUGCAGGAAUGUCAAUCAGAGCUGUUGGUUGUGAAUUUAAUAUUCAUUCCUCUACCACAAGUUCACAUAUUCCACUCCAAAGGCAUUUCAGAGAAUUUGGUAGUACAUCCAACAGGCCACACAGUUGCAGACCACAUGUAUCUACACCAGCCCAGGACAUCCACAUCCAACAUGUUCACCUCCAAGAUUGUCUGACAUCAAGAACCUGGACAGCUGCAAUAACUGCCAGGAACUGUAAGCUCUCAAAUUGACCAUAGUUUGUUUCUGUAACUGACUUGAGUGGGAAAAUGCUCAUAUUUGAUAGUGUUCAAGGGUAAAUCCCAGUUCUCUUUGGUCAGGGCAGAUGGCAGACAACAUGCCUGGUGUUGUGUUGGUCAAUGGUUUGCUGAUGUAAACCUUGUGAACAUCAGCAAACUGUUUCUGCACAUUCAAGUUGAAAGAGAAAGGGACUAGCUCCAAACUGUUCCCUCAAAGUUUCAAGAAUGAAAUUGUCUAAAAUGUCUUGGUCUGCUGAACCAUUCAGAGUUUCUUUCACUGGAACUAAGGGGGUAAGCCCAGCUCCUGAAAUUCACUGGAUUUCACUGAGCUUCUAAGAGCGACCCGUUCUUUCACAAAUAUAAAAACAGUCUGCAUGCCUAGGUGUUUAAUUUUAUACACCUGUGGCCCUGGAAGCGAUUGGAACACCCAAUUCCUAUGAUUUGGAUUAGUGAGCAAAUAUUGUACUUUUGGCAAUAUAGUAUAUGUACAGUUUAGUUUAAAAAUGUCAUUUAUCCCUCAGUUGAGGAUUUCUGUUUGAAUAUGCCUACCCUCAAAUCUUGUGAGUGACUCAUGCAGCUUUCUCAUUGUUUAAUAAAGAGUGUUUGGAAUAUGUUAUCAAA